UGCAUCCCUCCCCGAGACAAGUUGAGGGCAAAACACUCACGAGCGCGCGCGCUGGCACGCAAGUACUUCAACGUUUGUCGCCGUGGUCCGAGUUCUCCGGCGGGGCAUUUUGGGUGGACUUGCAACAAAUCUUUUUGGAAGCGGCAUGACGUUCCGGAGGCUGAAGAUGGUCGAAUCAAACGGACCGGACAGUGCGGCGGCGUCUCUUCCGGACAACGAUGUCUAUUUCCCGUCGUCCCAGUCGGACAGCUGCCAGCGGACGGCGCCGCUCAAAAACGACUCCUCUGAGGUUUAUAACUACAAGACGCUGGCUUACUCCGGAGGCACUCUGCCCAGAAACUUGAGAAAGGCUGGCGGCUCGCAGAAAUGGAAGCCCCAAAUCCAGUCACCAGCAGAACCACAAAGGAAGGUGGUGGUGCUGGAGAGGCUGGACGGACAAACGUUUGGUUUUGAGAUUCAGACUUACGGCUUGCUUCAUCAGGACCAAAACACGGUGGAAAUGUGCACGUUUGUGUACAAGGUGCAUGAUGACAGCCCGGCCCAGCUUGCAGGACUUAGAGUUGGGGAGACCAUCGCAAGUGUGAACGAAGCCCCUGUGGAGGGAUUUCAACACAAGGAGAUUGUCCAGCUCAUAAAGGCGUGUGGAAACACUCUCAGGCUGGAGACGAUUUAUAGCGACGCCAUCCGGAAAGCCGAGCUGGAGGCACGACUGCAGUAUCUGAAGCAAACGCUCCAUGAGAAGUGGGAAGAGUAUCGCUCGUUGAUGGUGCAGGAGCAGAGGCUUGUUCAUGGUAUCGUGAUGAGCGACGCCUCCGUGUACGAGUCCCUGGAGUCGGCGGGCGUGUACGGCAGCCUCGGAGCGCCCAGCCCGGCCGCUCGUCGCUCCCUGCACGGCACCGGCAGCUCCAGCAGCAGCGCCAGCGUCCUCAGCGCGGCCACCGAAGACGACCCCCUCUACCAGACGUGCUUGUAUCACGCGGACGCCGCGGGCGACUCUGACGUCAGCGGGGGCAAAAGGCACAAACAACAGCCGCCGCCGCCGGCGAGGAAGCAGCGCCUGCGGCCCGCCAGCGAGCUCUUCGCCUCGGCCAAGACGCAGUUGACACGCAGCGCCAGCACUCGCAGCCACACGCGCGCGCCCUCGUCUGCGCCGGCCGCCGUCGACAAAGCGCUGGGCUUCGGCUCGUUGCAGAGGAAACACAGAAGCUUCCGGAGGCACCUGCUCAAGUUCAUCCCGGGCUUGAACAGGCCGAUGGAGGAGGAGGAGAGCAAACUGUGAUGUGGCUUCCCCUCUCAAGACUGUCUGGGCAAAAAUUCUCACAAAAGCUUCAAGCGACCAAAGGCUGUUUCGCCAGCCGCCAGUGUUCCAAAGCUGUAUCGAACUGUUAAGUUUACUUUUCAGUCUUUUAUUUAUAUUAGGUUAUUUAUUUAUUUGAAAUGUGUCUGGCUUUAAGUCUACAAUGAAGAAUGAAGGGGGGGGGGGGUUUCUGUUUUUACUGCAUGCAGCAACUUUUCUUGUGACAGCUGACGAAUCAUUUUGCAACUCAUUUUGUAAGUUUGAUGUUGACUUCUAAAGAGUCAUGUUUUUUCUGCCAAAAGUAUUGUUUCAAAAAAAGGCAUUUCAGGUUUCAUUCCGGUUUGUUUGUUU